UAACACUAAAAACGAACCCUAGGUAAAACCAGAUUACCUGCCUUCAUAUCAUUACGUAGAUGCAUCGGGACCUCUGUAUUUUAUAAAGUAGUUCCGUAUUUUCCACUAUAAUAACAGAAAUAGAUUUCCAUUCCUCCUGAUAACUUGUUUACAGACGAAAUGCUCUAUUUCUAACUUCUGUUGUAGAGAGUUGUCCAACCAUCCGUUGGGCUCAGAACGUUGUCCUUAAUCUUCGCGGUUCCUCAUUAACAGAUGACAUUGGCAUAAAAGAACUUUUUUACAUUGGAUAUAUCUUCUAUAUUUAUCAUCUCUUGAAGAUUAAGGAGAAUGUUAUACAGAAGAGAUAUAAACCUUAUACGAUAAAUCUAUGGCAGGAUCACUGUGAAAUACUUGCUCUCAAUUCAGAACAACAACAGCUUUUCUUUAUGUCUUGUCUGGUGUGUUUGAAUUGUAAUUAAACUUAUAUGGAUUUCUAAGAGUUCUCAAGAUAUUUAAGUUUCAGAGAAGACUGCAGCAGAUAACAGUAGAAAUAUUUCAUCAUCAUCAUCCUCGUUUAACGUCUGCUUUCCAUGCUAGCAUGGGUUGGACGAUUUGACUGAGGUCUGGCAAACCAGAUGGCUGUACCAGGCUCUAAUCUUGAUCUGACAGAGUUUCUACAGCUGGAUGCCCUUCCUAACGCCAACCACUCCGAGAGUGUAAUUUGAAAAGAAUAAACUUUAACUAGAAGAAAGCUCAAAUUUAAUACUGUGGAAAAUUUUAAAUAUUUGAUCUAUUUUCAUCCAUUGAAGACAUGCCGAAAGCUAUAUGUAAAAAAUCAUCACAUCAUUGUGAUAUUUGUGGUAAAUCAUUCAGGUCAGGUAGUCAGUUGACUAUACACAAGCGUAUACAUACAGGUGAGAAACCAUUUCACUGUGAUAUUUGUGGCAAGUCAUUCUCUCAAUAUGGUAUUCUAUCUAGACACAAACGUAUUCAUACAGGAGAGAAGCCAUAUUCCUGUGACACCUGUGGCAAAUCCUUCUCUCAUAGUAAUGGCUUAGUUAAUCACAAGCGUAUUCAUACAGGGGAGAAACCAUAUUGCUGUGACGUCUGUGGUAAAUCAUUCUCACAGAGUAGUACGUUAAUGAGACAUGAACGUACUCAUACAGGGGAGAAGCCAUAUCACUGUGAUAUCUGUGGUAAAUCAUUUGCUUUAAAUAGUGGCUUAACGUCUCAUAAACGUGUUCAUACUGGAGAGAAGUUAUUUCACUGUGAUAUCUGUGGUAAAUCAUUCUCUAACCCUAAAGUCUUACGUUGUCACAAACGUAUUCAUACAGGAGAGAAGCCAUAUAACUGUGACAUCUGUGGUAAAUCAUUCUCUGUAAGAAGUGCCUUAACUUCUCAUAGGCGUAUUCAUACUGGAGAGAAGCCUUAUCACUGUGAUGUCUGUAGUAAAUCCUUCUCUGUAAGUAGUGCCUUAACUACUCACAAGCGUAUUCAUACUGGAGAGAAACCAUAUCAUUGUGAUAUCUGUGGUGAAUCAUUCUCUAGCCAUUAUAUCUUAUGUAAUCAUAAACGUAUUCAUACAGGGAAGAAGCCUUAUCACUGUGAUAUUUGUGAUAAAUACUUCUCACAAAAUAGUACCUUAGCAAAACACAAACGUAUACAUACAGGAGAAAAACCAUUUCGGUGUUAUAUUUGUGGCAAAUCAUUUUCUCAGAUGCAUUGCUUAUCCAAACACAAACGUAUUCAUACAGGGGAGCGACCAUUUCACUGUGAUGUCUGUGCUGUUUUAACUAACCAUAAACGUAUUCAUACAGGAGAGAAGCCGUUUCAUUGUGAUAGUUGUGGUAAAUCAUUCACUUUACAACCACUUGGACGCUAA